AUGGGUACACCGGAGACCCCGACAUCCGGUAGUGUGGAGAUGGAGGCCCCCACCGGGGGUCGCCGAACCGGCGGUGGUGAGGGGCGAGGCGGCGACGGUGGCGGUGGGAGGCGAGGCGGCGGCGGCGGUGGGAGGCGAGGCGGCGGCGGUGGGAGGCGAGGCGGCAGAGAGCAGGGGCCCACCGGGGGCGGGCGAGGCGGAGACGGAGAGCCAGAAACCAGCGGUGGCCGAGGCGGUGGUGAUCGGCGGGGCGAGAAGUACAACGACGACGAAUCCCUCGCUGUUGCGCGGGCUUGGGAGGCGGUCACGACGAAUCCGGUCAUCGGCACAGAUCAGACCGACUUUUGCUUCUGGAGGCGCAUCCUGACGGAGUAUAACGGCUUCAAACCAGAAGGCAGUGCCGGAUGUGAUGAAGGCCAGAUCCGGAAGAAGUUCAGCCGGAUCAGUAGAGCUGUGAAGAGGUUUAGGAGCAUUUACGAGAAACAGCUCCAGAAUGCCGAAAGCGGCCACAGCGAAGCCGAUGUACGGGCGUUAUCGUAUCAGUUGUUUAAUACUGAACGUUGGCCCAAGUUCACCUACUGGAAUGAAUACAUGCUUCUCCGAGACUCCCCUCAAUUCAAGGCGAUCUGCGAUGAUGAGACCGGUCCUACUGGGAAGCGGACAAAAAUCGUGGCCGACGGCACCUACAGCAGUGGUAGCGACUCACGUGCAUUCGACCUGAAUGACGAUGUGAGGGAUGAGCCCCCCUCGACAAUGUCGAGGCGCCAGCGCCCGCAGGGCCAACAAGCUGCCAUCCGAGAAGCUAGAACCGCUUCCCAAGUCUCUCGGUCGAGCGCGGCGGCACCGCGCCCUUCACCGACCGCGGCGUUGACUCAAACACUGGAGGUGCAGAUGAUGAAGCAACUUGCGGAUAACUUGUCCUUGUACGAGAAGUCGACAGACCCUAUCACCAAGAUGAUGUACUACGACCUCAUUCUUAGAUUGAGGUCGAAGUUGGGCUUCUUCGUUCGGUCGGAGACGGGCGAAGCUAGCGCCAGUGGGGCCGGUGUAGGCGGCGGUGGAGGAGGUGGGUUUGAUUAG